AUGGCGACAAAUUCUAAAACAGAUGAAAAUCUAUUAUCAUCAACAACAAUGAUUGAUAAUCAUUUACGUUCAAUAGUUUAUAAUCCAUCAUUAAAUUCAUUAAUUUAUCUUAAUGAUAAACAAGAAAUAAUUGUACGUAGUGCUGAUCAAUUAUCAACAUUGUUUCAUCGUACAUUACCAUUAAAUAAUAUCAAUGAAUAUUAUGAAAUAAUAUCCUGUCAUGAUAAAUUUGUUUUAUUAACAUCAACACAUAUUUAUGUAAGACAAUUAUAUCAAGGUCUUUAUUUUCUUGACUCAAUUAUUGGAUCAAUAAAUGAUGAAAAUUGUCAUGUUUUUAUUGAGUUAACAUAUGGUGAUGCACAAUUAUUAUUACAAUUAUUAUCAACAUUAGAUUUAUCAACAUCAAAUCAUAUUGGAGAAUUUAAUGAUUUAUUAAAAAAAAAAUUUGAUGAACAUACAUCAUCAUCAUUAUGGAAUUUAAUACAAUUUUCAUAUGAUUGUCUUAAUGCAAUUAAAAUUUGUUUUGAUAUAUUACGUUUACAUAAACAUCAAAUACAACAACAUCAAAAUACAUAUUCAUCAUUACCUGGUAUUGUUGUUAUUGGUCUUUUACUUGACUAUUUAACAAGAUAUUAUCAUCAUAAAAAAUCAUUAACAACAAAUACAGAUGAACAAAUUGGUUCAACAUUAGAAACAUCAUCAUCACCAUCAUCAUCAUCAUCAACAACAACGACAACAACAUCAACAUCAACAAGCAGUUUUUUUAAUGCUGGUGGACGAACUACACGUGAACGUUUAAUGUUUAGUGAAGCAACACGAUAUAGAACAUUUACACUUUGGCCACAUGCAGCUUAUCGAUGGCUUUCACCAGAAAGUAUGGCUAAAGCUGGUUUCUAUUAUUCUCCAUUAAAAGAUAACGAUGAUCGUGCAUUAUGUUUUGCUUGUACUGUAACACUUGUUUGUUGGGAACCAUCUGAUUCUCCAUGGACAGAACAUGGACGUCAUUCUCCAAAUUGUCCAUUUAUAAAAGGUGAUUUUACUGAAAAUGUUCCAUUACGUACAACAUGUUCAAUUCAACCAGGAAAAAAAAUAUUUUCAAAUCAACAACAACAAAAAUGGUUAAUAAAAUCUAAUGAAUUAAUAUUUAAUGAACAUAUAUUAUUAUUUUUAAAUUCUGAUUGGAUAAUACGUUCAGUUGAUACAACAAAUGUUAUACAUAUAAAAACAAUAAUAUCAUUAAAAAAUCUUAUUGAACAAUUAACAACAGAAAAUAUUUUAGAAGAAAAUAUUUUAUCCGAUAAUAAUGAAACAAUAUUUAUAAAACAUUUUGAUCGUUUAACAUCAAAACGUUAUUUUAAUUUCAAAUUUAAUCCACUUGCAUUAACAAUGUAUCCAUUAACAAUAACAAAUGAUAAUGAAAAUUAUAUAAUUUUUUGUUUUUUACAAUUAAAUGAAACAAAUAAAUGUAUAUUAAUAGCAACAACAACAAUAAAUCAAUAUGAAAAUUUAAAUCCAUCAUGUAUAUCGACAAUAAAAAAUAGUUCACAAAAUGAUGAAUCAAUUGAAACAACAAUAAUAAAUGAACAAAUUAAAAUAAAUAAUAAAUAUGAUUAUUUAAUUGAAUUUUCAAAUUUUAAAUAUAUACCUAAACAAGCUUAUAUAUAUCAAUUAACUAAAACAAAAAUGAUUUUAUUAAUAAAUACAACUGAUUGUAUACAUGGUUAUUGUAUUGAAUAUGAUCAAAUAACAUUAACAUUAAAAAUAAUUUUUUAUCAUUGUAUUUAUCAAUCAUCAACAAAUGAUAUUGAUAUUGAUUCAAUAAAUCCAAUUAUAUUAGAUGAUGAUGAUAUUAUAAAUAAUGAUGAACAAUCAAUAGUUAGUGAUAAUGAUGAAAAUUUAGAUAUUGAAUAUGAUGAUAAUAUUGAUAUUAAUGAUGAAUGUCAAAAGAAAGAACAAUAUACAAAUAAAAUAUUAAAACGAAAAUGUUUUUUAAUUUGUUUUAAAUCUGGACAUUUAUUACUUUAUGAUGUUUAUCGUACGACAUAUUUAGAAAAUACACAAGAAGAAAAUAAUAUUGGUAUUUUAGCAGAUAGACAAAUAAUUGAAAAUGUUGAAAAAUGUGUUCAUGUUAGAGGCACAGAUAUACUUUAUGCGUGGAUCACUGAUAAUGGUGUUAAAAAGUUUAAUAUGCAUGAUCUAUUUCCAUCUUAUUUUACUCAUAUACAAUCUGAUGAAAGAACGAGUACAUCUUCUACAAAUCCUUCCCAAUUAAAAUCUUUCACUGAUGAUCAAAAUUCAAAUUCAUAUUCAAUAUCAACUCUUCGUUCACUUCUAUCAUUUACAUCAUUUGAUUCAUCAGCGGUCACAUAUUUUUUUGCUCAUGUUAAUUCAUCCUAUUGGAUUGAUACACUUGAUACAACAAAAACAAAUAUUGAUCGUCAUACAUGGCGUUUACAACAACCUCAAAUAAAUCAACAACAAUCAACAAAUCAACAAAUAAUACCUUCAAUACAUAUAUUUGAUUUACAAACAGCAACACCAUGUAUAUUACAUACAAUUGAAUUUCGUUAUACAUUAAAUCGACAAAAUUUAUAUAAAAAAAAUUUAUUUGUUACAUUAUAUCGUUAUACAAAUGAACCAAAUGAUGUUGAUCAAAAAAUUGAAUUUAAUCAAUUAAAUUCUCAAAUAAAUUUUUCAAAUGAUGAUAUACUUGCUGGUCCAUAUUCAUUAAUUGAUUAUUUAGAAUCACCUAUACAUGAUCAAGGUCUUAUACAAUUAUGUUCAUAUGAUUUAUUAACAUAUAAAUCAAAACAUUUUCGUCUUGUACUUGAAUCAAAAUGUUCAACAAUAAUAAAUCAAACAAUAUUACAACAAAAUUUAUUUCCUAUUGAAACAAUAUCAAUAACAUUACGUUCAACAAAACAUCAAACACGUUUAUUACGUUUAUAUGAUAAUUCAACAAUAAAUUGUUUAACAUCAACAAUAUUAACAACAAAAAAUGAAAAAAAAAUAUUAUUUUCAUUAAAUUUAUUAAUAUCAAUUAUUUAUACAACAAAUAAUAUUAAAAUAAUUAAUCAAUUAAAAUUUUUAUUAUUAAAUGAAACAUUUUUACAACAUACAUUUAUAAAUGCAUCACGAACAAUAGCUAAACGUAUGACAACAUUAAUAUUAAUGAUUAUUAAAAAUGAUAAUGAUAUGGAAAAAUUUAUUGAAAAUUUUUUAAAUUUAUUUCAAAUGAAUAAUCAAUAUUUACUUGGAUUUAAAUCAUCAGCAGCAUUAAAAUGGUUUUUUAUUAUUAUUGGACAAUGGACAAAUCAAUAUCAAUAUCAAAUUGGUACUAAACUUUUACAAUGGUUAUUACAAUUAGCUGAUAUUAUUCAAAAAACUGAUACAAUACAAAGACAACAAUUAAGAAAUAAAUUUGGAUUUUAUGCUGAUCCAUUUGAUGCUCAUUUAUUUGAUGUUGAUCUAUCAACAUUAAUUGAAUGUAGUCUACGUCAACGUAAUUUAAAUUCAUCAUCAUCAUCAAAUUCAACAAAUACAUCUCAAUCAUCACGUCCACUUGGUAUGAAUGAUAAUUGUUAUGAUCCACGUAUUUAUUCACGUUAUGGUACAACUGGUUUACCAAUAAUUCCAUGUGAUCCUGAAACAUUAUAUUCUUCAACAAAUAUUCAAUAUGCAUUAUCAAAACUUUUACCAAAUUCACUUUCAUCAUCAAAUGUUUAUUUAAAACCUAUACCAGGUCUAUUUGAAAUAACACCAUUAAAUUAUACAAUGCAUUCAUCAAGUGAUGGUACACGUCUUGAAUGUGUUGAUAUGACACAUUUAUUAACAUUACGAACAUAUGAAGCAACAAAUGCACCACCACCAUCAAAUGUUACACUUACAGCUGGUUCACAUCAUCUUUAUAAUCCAACAACAUCAAAUUCAAUGCCACCACCACCAUUACCACCAGCUAUAUCAACAUUUAAUGCAACAACAACAUUUCCAUUUUCAUUUCCAACACCAAAUAUAAAUGCAUAUCAUGAUACACUUUAUAUGUUACCAACAACAACAAAUCCAACAACAACAACAUCAUCAUCAAUAACAAAUGAUGCAGCAUCAACAAUAGUUACAUCAUUUCCAAUAUCAACAACAACAACAAUUGAUAAUCAAAUAAAUAAUAAUUUAAUUAGUACAUCACCAUGGUUACCACAUUUAGCAUCAAAAUUUAAAGAUAAACAAAGUUUACAAAAAGAAAAAUUAAAAUUAAUUGCAAAAAAAAAUAAAGCUGCUACAACACAAACAUCAAUAUUAAAAAAAAAUUCAAAUCUAUUUACAGAUCUUUUACAUACAUCAAAAACAAUAUUAACAUUACAAAAUCAACAAACAUUAUCAACAAAUCGUUUAUUAACAAAUAAUAAAAAUUCAAUUGAUGAUGAAAAUUUUGAACAAUUACAACAACAACAACAACAACAACAACAAAUAACAAUUGAUGAUAUAUUAACACAAAUAUCAAAUAAUAUUCUUCAUGGACAAUAUUUACCAUUAUAUCAAUUUAUAAUUGAUCGUUUAUCAGGUGGUGGUAGAAGUUAUUUUGUUUUAGAUUUUGGACAACAAGUUACAUUAACUGAUAUAUUAAUACCAUCAUGUCAUGAAUUAGCAUCAUUAAGUUUAGAUUUUUGGUCAUAUGGUGAACAUAUUGAUUGUCAACGUUUAUUUUCUUCAACACAUAUAUCAAAUCAACCAUUUUUUUUACAUGAUUUACAACCAGCUAUUAUAGCACGUUAUAUACGUAUAACAUUAAUUGGACAAUCAAAUAUAUCUGUAUCAUCAAUACGUUUACCUGUUGGAUAUUUUUUUGGUUAUCCAUAUAUAUUAAAUGAUGAUAAUGAUAAUAUGAAUACAAAUAAUAAUAAUAAUAAUGAAAAAUAUGAAAAAAAAUUAAAAUCAAUUGAAGGUAUUUAUGAAACAUUAAUAUCAAAUUAUGCAUUAUGUAGACAAAAAUUAUUUAAUUUAUUAUCAACAACAAAUAAUGUUGAAAAAAAUUUUAUUGAAAAUAUUUAUCAUGAAUGUAUUCAAUUACAAAUACAAAUAAAUCAUGCUCAUAGACAAAUAAAUCAAUGUAGAAAUCUUUUAAAAAUGGAAGAUAUACAAAUUCAUGAUCCACAACCAACAAGUGAUUAUUUAAAAUUAUUAGCUGAUUUAUUAACAAGUGAAUUAACAUCAUUAUCUGGAAUGAUGCAACAAACAGAUAGUUUGUCUGCAUGUUCGUCAUUUAUUUCUUUAAAUGAUGCUUUACAAAUUUUUGAUACAUUUGCUAUUCGUCAUGUACAAAUAAUUGAUAUGCCAAAACGUCUAUUACAAUUAUGUUCAUAUCAUUCAUGGUGGCCAGAAUUUGUUAAAGAAUGUUUUCAACGUUAUUUUUUAUCAAAUGAUAUUUUAACAAUUGAUCAACAACAAUCAUUAUUUAUUAAUCUUGUUGAUUUAUGUGAACAAACAUUAUUAACAAUAAAUUCAUCAAAUGAAACAACUAUUUAUUAUAAUCGUUUAUUAGCUAUUGAAUAUAUAAAUAAUAUAUAUAAUUUAUUAUUAAAUACAAAUAAUAAUUAUCAAUCAAUUGAAUGGUUAUUAUUAUUUUUAUAUCGUUUAUCAGAAAAAAAUUUAUUUCCUUAUUCAUAUGAACAAACAAAUAAAAAAACAAAUUUUUCACAAUUAAUUAAUAAACAUUGGCAAUUUUUACAUACAUCAUCAAUAAUACAAAGUCCACGUAUAACAAAUUCAGCAAAUAAUUAUCGUCGAAAAUUACGUAAAGAAACAUUAUUAAAAAAAACAACAAAAUCAUCAUCAUCAUUAUCAUCAUCAACAUUAUCAUCAACAGCUAUGUUAACACAAAUACCAACAUCAACAAUAAUUAUAUCACCAACAAAUUCAAUUGAUUAUUAUUGUUAUCAUUCAUUAGUUUUACAAGUUUCAAAAUAUCUUAUUGAAAUUUUAAUUAAUAAUAAAAAUUUAUCAAAUGAAUUAUUUAUAUUAAUAUGUAAAUCAUUAACAGAUAUAAGUCGUUCAUGUAAACCAUUUUUAUUAUUAAAUGAAUAUAUAAAUAAAGAAAAUUUAAUUAAAUUAAUAUUAAAUACAGAACAAAUUUGUCAAUCAUCAUCAUAUCAACAACAACAACAACAACAAUUACAACAACAACAAUUACAACAACCAAUAUCAAUAAUAAAUAAUUUAAAUUAUGAUAUAAUACCAUUUUCAAUUGAUAAUCGUCUUGAUGGUAAUAUACAAUUUAUAUUUGAUUUAUUUACAAUAAAUCAAUCAUUUAAAAUACAAACAUUAUUAAAUAAAAAUUUAUUUCAAUUAAAUCAAUAUACAAUUGAUUAUAAUUUAAAUAUAAAUAUUAAUGAUAAAAAUCAAUAUGAAAUAACAAAAAAAAAUAUAUCAAAUUCAAAUAUAACAAUUGAUUUAUUAAAUGAUAUUUAUCAAAAUAUGUUAUGUUAUUUUAUUGAAGAAAAACAUUUUAUAUCAUAUGAUAUAUUUAAUAAAAUAGAACAUAUAUUAUCAUCAUAUUUAAUUAUAUCAUUAACUAAUUAUUCAAAAAAUAUAUUAAAUCAUAAACAAAUUAAUAUACAAACAGAAACAUUAAAUAAUAAUCAACCACCAAUAAAUCUUAAUUUAAAACCAUUAUUUAUUAUGUCAAUUAAUACAUUAGAUAAAUUAUUAAAAUUUUUAUUACAAUCAUCAUUAGUUACAAUACGUUUAUGGCAUCAUUUAUUUUCUUUAUUAUAUUAUACAAGUACAAAUAUUGAUUUAGCUAAACAAAUGAAAAAAUUAUGGUUUAAUGGUGAUAUUGAUAAUAGUUUAUUUGCUAAAAUAUGGUUAAAAUUUAUUCAAACAACACAAGAUAUGAUUGAUGAAAGUACAGUUGAUAUUAUAAUUAAUUAUUUUGAACGAUUAUUUAUGUGUGAUGAUGAAAAUAUAAAUAUUACAGAAAAUAUUAAAUUAAGUAAAAGAGUAGCAACAUCAGAUAUAUCAAAUCAAUCUCAAGAUAUUCCAUCAUCAUCAUCAUCAUCAUCUAAUAUCAAUACUCUUUAUCUUAAUACACUUUUAUCUAUUCUUGAUCGUCUUAUCAGUAAUGGUUUUCAUGGUCCUCUUAAUUGUCAUUUAAAAUUUUUAACUUAUCUUUUUAAACAAAAUUUUUCACAAGCAACAUCAUCAAUACGUCUUAAACUUUGUCGUAAUAUAAUUGAUUUUGUUUGGUCAUUUUGUUAUUCAUAUUCACCAUUAUCAUUUACUCAAACAGAUAUUCAUCCAUUAAUAUGUUUUCUUAAUUAUGAUCGUAUUCAUCAUCGUCAAAUAUCAACUUCAUCAUCGUCUUCAUCAUCAUCAUCAACAAAUUCUUUAAUUCCUCCAUCAUCUGUAAAUAAAUGGCAAUUAAUGAAUACUGUUAAUAAACUUUCUCUACAAAAUAAUCAAUCAUCAUCAUCAACAACAACAACAACCGCAAAUAAUAAUAAUAAUGAUUCAGCAACAAGUUCAAAAUCAUCAACAAUUCGUCGUCAAUGUAAUUUAUAUGAUACAUGUGUACGACAAAUGAUAUUAUUAAUAACAAAACUUAUAGAAAAUACAAAUCAAUCACAUGAUCAACAACGUAAACGUUUUAAAAAUGAAGAAAUUACUAUAAAAAUAAAUGAUAUUGAUGAUGAACAUUCGAAUGAUUUACUUGAAUCAAUUUAUAUUGAAAAACUUCUUUCAAUACUUUCAAUGUGUCAUUCAUCACUUGAUUCAUCACCAUCUAUAUCAUUAAAUUCUUCAACAAAAUUUCUUGCUGCAUCAAUAACAUCAACAAAUCAAUAUUCAUCAUUUAUACAUACAACAAUACAUUUAAAUAUAAAUGAUUUAUUAUCAGUUGGUGAUAGUAUUUAUUAUUGUUUAUCAUCAUUUAUAUCACAACCAAAUUAUAUUUUACCAAUAUUAUGUCAUUAUUUAACAACAAAUCCAUUAUUAUCAUCACCAUUAUUAUUAUUAAUUAUUUAUUCAAUACAUAAUAUAAAAAUUUUAAAUGAAGCAUUAAAUCAAUAUAAAUUUCUUGAUUUAUUAGUUAAUAAUUUAAUAAUAUAUUCAAAUUAUUUAUCAAAUCAAACACAAAUACCAUCAAUACAACGUAUUUAUGAUCAAAGACAAUCAUCAAAUAAUACUAUGGAUAUAGGUUCAAUAAAUUUAUCACCACAAUGUCAAAUAACAUGUUCAAAUUCAAAUGCAUCAUCACCUGAAAUUUUAAUACAAUCAAAUAAUAAUGUUCAAACAACAAUAACAUCAUCAUCACGUCGUUUACGUUCACCACCAUGGUCAUAUACAUAUUUACCUAAUGAACAACGUUGUACAUUAACAUUACAAUUUCCAUAUUCAAUUAUAUUAAAAUCCAUACAAAUAGUACCAUUUACACAAUUAUCUAUUAAUCAUUAUACAAUAAUUGAUCAAUUAAAUACAAAUUUAACACAAUAUCCAUCAUCAAUAACAUGUGAAAUAUCAUCUGAUGGUUAUUAUUUUAUACCAUGUGCUUAUUUAUUAAAUACACAAGGACAACAAAUUAUUAAUUUAUCUAUAACUAAACAAAUUGAUAUUGUUAGACAAUUACGUAUACAUUUUUAUAAACCAAUUGAUCAUGAUACAAUUGGUUUACAACAAAUAUCAAUAUUUGGUUAUUAUGCAUAUGAUCAACAAAUGAUUAUUGAACAAACAAGUCAUCCAUAUCAAACAUUAAUAUCAACAGUUUAUGGUAAACAAAUAUUACAUAGUAAAAAUUCAAAUACAUCUAUAAUAACAACAUUAAAUGAUGAUGAUAUUAAAUUAAUGUAUUCAUCAAUAAAAUCUUCAACAACAAAUACAAAUAUAAUUGAUAAUAGUCAUCAUGUAUCAAUGAUAUUAUCUGAUAAAUAUCGUUCAUUUAAUCAUUAUUUACAAUUAAUACAUUUAUGUUUAAAAAAUUCUUCAAAUUUAGAUGAUAAUCUAUUUGAAAAAUUUCUUUUUAUACUUAAAGAAAAAUUUUAUUAUACAAAUAAUAUUAUAUUUAAUGAAAUAUUUAUAUUUAUUGGUAAUCAUUGUACGGAUAAACAAUUUGAUUUAUUUAUUAAAUAUUUAAUUACUUAUAAUCAUUUUAAUAUUUUAUCAGAAUUAAAUUUCAAUGAAAAAAAUAUUAAUUAUUUAAUUAAUAAUAUUAAUCAACCAGUUAAUAAUAAUAAUAAUAAUCAAGUAAUUAAUGAUCAAAUGAAACAAAUUAUUAAUAAUAUAUUAUGGAAAAUAAAAGAAGAUAAUAUUAAACUUGAUGAAAAUUUAUUAGAAUAUUUAUUAAUAAAUUAUUCAUGGUUAUUACCAUCAAUAGCACAUCAUAAACCAUUAUUAGUUAUGAAUUAUAUUAAUAAAAAUGAAUCAUUUAUUGAAUAUUUUAAACAAUUAAAAAUAUGUUCAUUAAGUGUUGAAUUUCUUAAUGAAAUUUUAAUUAAUGAUUAUUUUAUUAAAUCUAUUGAAGAAUUAAAUCAACAAAUUCAAUAUAUAUCAAAUAAAACAUCAAAUCAAUUAUUAAUUUAUCAUGCACUUGAUUAUUUAAUAACAAUAAGUAAAUAUUCAAAUGUUCAAAUAUGGUUUUCAAAAACAAUAAUUGCAUCAAAUAUAUGGAAAUAUUUACUUGAUCUAUUUAAUAAUCCAAAUAUAUCAUCAUUUAUACAAUCACCAUCAAUUUUAUUAAUACAAUUAAUAACACUUCUGAGAAAUUUAUCUUUACAAUGUCCAACAAAUCAAAUAAAUAUGUCAUUAAUAUCAUCAUAUUUAGCUUAUUUAACUGAACAACGUCUUGAACAAGAUCGUCCAUUAACAGGUUAUUUACAAUAUAUAUUAAGUGAAGUUGUACUUAAACAUGAAUAUAUACAAUGUUUAAUAAAUACACGAGAUUAUCCAAUAAAUAUACGUGAAUAUUCAUCAUUUCAAAGAAAUUCACUUUAUCAUAAAUUAAUUCAAGAUUGUUCAAUAUCAAUGAAUAUUGGACAAUUAAUUGAAAAAUUAUUUGGUUUUAAUUAUUUACAAGCUAAUAUAUGGACAGCAACAAAUUAUAUUAAAAAUAAAAGUUAUUUAAUAAAAGCAGCAAGUGAACCAAUUAAUAAUAAUCAAAGAAGAAAAAUACCACGAUCUGAAUUAGUUUCAUUAAAAUCAACAAUAACAGGAAAAUUAACAACAAAAUCAAUUAGUUCAUUAUCAAAUUUAACUAAACAUCAAAAAUUAUCAUCAAAAUUAACAACAAAUGAAUCAUCAAUACCAAAGAAAACUUCAUCAGUAACACCUGUAGAAAAUAUUCAUUUUAUAUUACAUAUUAAUGGACAAAAACGACAAUGUAUUUUACCAAAAACUACACGAUUAAGUGAUUUAUUAUUAUCAUUUGAUUGUCGAUUAUUGAAUACUUACGAAGUUGAUGUUAUUGAAUUUACUUUUGAUAAUCAUAUUUUAAUUAAUGAUGGUCAAGAAAAUGAAUUAAUCACACAUAAAUCUAUAGUUGCCAAUAAAGAUUAUCCAACAUUACUUGAUACAUUUGUACAUGCCAAUGGUCUUAAAAUUCUUGCUCAACAUUUUGCUCGUAAUUAUCCAUCAAUACAAUCCUAUGAUGAAUGUUUAACAUCAUCAUCAUCACCAAAUACAAAUAUAUUUGAUAAAAUAAAUUUCUUUGAUUUUUCAUCAUUAGUUUCAACAACAACAACAAAUUCUUCAAAUAAUAUGACAAUGCCAUAUUAUGUAUUUAUAACAUUUUCAAUAUUUCUUCGUUUACCAAAUUAUGCACGUGCUAUGUUAAAAAAUCGUUCACUUGCAUGUAAUAUUAUACGUUUAAUGCUUGGACAAAAAGAAUCUAUAACAAAUGAAUAUCAAGAUCAAACACAACAACAACAACAUCAAGAAAAUUUUGAUAUGCGUCAAUUAUCGAAAUUACCAUUUGAAACUUUAUCAAUAUUACUUAAAGAUUCAUCAAAUGAUUUAUUAGAUGAAAUAUUACAUUCAAGUAUAUUACUUUUAUUAUUAUCAUGUUUAUCAUCAAUAACACGUCAUCCACAUCGUAAACAAAAAGAUUCAACAACAACAACAGCAGCAACAGCAACACCACAACUAUCAUCAUUAUCAGUACCAUCAACACAAUCAACAACAAUAAAUAAUGCAACAAUAAUUGAUGAUAAUGAUGAUGAAUAUUAUGAAGAUGAUAUUGAACAAAUUGAAUCAACAACUAUUCAACAAUUAAAUACAAUUAAUAAUACAAGUCAUACUAAUCAUAAUAAUACAAAUUCAAAUUUUUGGGCUAAAGGUACUGGUUUUGGUACUGGUUCAACACAUUCACAAUGGAAACCAGAUGAAAUAAUACAAAUACAAAAAUUACAUGAAGAACAUGUUAUUUAUUUAUUUGAUAUAUUUUAUUCAAUAUUUUCAAAUAAAUUAUCUGAAGAAUUACUUGAUGAUAAAUUAAUUGAAAUCAUAAAUACAUCAUGUCUUAUACCUGUACUUGAAUCAUAUUUACGUAAUGAUUCAAUAUUAGAUAUAUCAAAACAAGGUGAUAUACAUCGUUAUUGUUUACGUUUAGUUAAUUGUUUAUUAAAUAAUAAUAAAUUAAAAAAUUUAAUUUAUCAAACAAGUAAUAUUGAAUAUUUAAUUGAAAAUCUUUUACAAUGUGUACAAACAUAUACAUCAAUGAUACAAAUUGAUGAUGAUGAACAAUUAAAUUUAUUUUCUGUUGAAUUAAAACAAGUCUAUGAUAAAAUAAAACAAGAUAAACAAAUUGAAAAUGAUCAAUAUAAUCAAUUAAAUAUACAUAAUAAACAAGAAUUAAUAACAUUAGAAGAAUUUUAUUGUCAAACAAUGAAAUUAUUACAAUUUAGUACAUAUCCAAUAACAAUUGAAAAUGAAACAAAUGAUAAAAUAUUAUUUAAUAAAACAAUUAAAUAUCAUUAUGAAGAUAUUGUACGUGAUGCAUUAACAAUAAAUUCAAUGCAAAGAAUAAAACGUUUAGCACAAGAACAAAUAACUAUAUCAACAUCAUUACCAUUAUCAUUUAAUUCAACUAUAUUUGUACGUUCAGAUGAAAAUCGUAUGGAUAUUAUGAAAAUAUUAAUAACUGGUCCUGAUGGUACACCAUAUUCAAAUGGAUGUUUUAUAUUUGAUGUUUAUUUUCCAAAUGAAUAUCCAACAACACCACCAUCAAUUAAUUUAGAAACAACAGGAAAUCAUACAGUUAGAUUUAAUCCAAAUUUAUAUAAUGAUGGUAAAGUUUGUUUAAGUAUAUUGAAUACAUGGCAUGGUAGACCAGAAGAAAAAUGGAAUUCAACAUCAACAUUUUUACAAGUUCUUGUUUCUAUCCAAUCUCUUAUAUUUGUGCCUGAACCUUAUUUCAAUGAACCUGGUUAUGAACGUACACGUGGAACAGCAACUGGUACCGCUCAAUCGCUUGAAUAUGAUGCUAAUAUUCGACAAGCAACAGUUCGAUGGGCAAUGCUUGAACAAUUGCGAAGUCCUCCUGCUUGUUUUGUUGAUGUUAUACGGCGACAUUUCUUUUUGAAACGAAAUGAAAUAAUUGAUCAAUGUGAAGCAUGGAUACAUGAAUUACAAGAAACAUCAUCAACUGAAAAACGUAUUAGUUCAUCUCUAAGUCAACAUCUUGCAUCACUUAUACGUCAUACAAAUGAUCUGAAGAAAGAAUUAACUUCUUUAACACUACCUGAUGAUCUUGUUAUUCCAUCUGAAUUAACAACACUUUUACUUAAAUCAUCAUCGAAUAACAAUAAUAAUAACAAUAAUAAUACUAUAACAACAGAUCAAGUAACACCACCUUCUUCUUCUUCAAUUUCUUCUACAACAGCAUCAACAACAGUAAAUAUUCCAUCAAUAUCGGAUACAAAUAAAAAAUCGGAACAAAUAAUAAAUUCAUCAUUAACUGAUGAACAUUCAAUACAAAUUAAAAUAGUACCUAAUCUACAAUAUCAAUCAUCUAUAUCAUCAGCUGCUGCUACAAUUGAAUCACCAGCAACAUUAAUUGAUACAGAAACUCAACAAUCAUCGAAUUCAUCAGCUGAUCAAUAUGAACAACAACAAAAUCAAUCACCAUCAACAAAUACAAAUACAUAUGAUGUAACUAUAACACAUUCAAAUAGUUUAAUAUCAGAUUGGACAUCAACUGAUACAGCAAAUGUUCCAUUACCUGAUGAUGGACUUAUUUAUGAUGAUUUACUUGAUGAUGAAGACGAUUUAGAUGAUGAUUUAGAUAUAGAAGAUAUGUUUGAAUAUGAAGGUGAAAUACCUGAAGGCUAUCCUGAAGAUUUUUAUUGA